AUGGAUAAUAAUAAUACAAUGACAUCAACAACAGAUAUAGAUUUAUUUGUUGAUAAUCAACCGAUGAAUGAUGAAGAAUUAACAAAAUUACAUGAAUCAACAUUACAAAUGUUUCGUUCAAAUAAAAUUGGACCAAAAAAUGCAUUUGAUAUUGUACUUAUUGAUUAUUUACCUGCUAUAUUUGAAACAACAAGUUUUGAUGAUGAUCAUAUAAAUAAUUUUCAAUCAGUUGGUACAACACUUGAAACAUCAGCAAAAAUUUAUGCUGCACGUAUUGAUUCACUUUAUUCAGAAACUCGUAAAACUCAAUCAAUACUUCGUUCAACAAAUGAAAAUAUUCAUCGAAUACUUGAUGAGGAAGAUGAUAUUGAAGGUGAUAAUAAUGAAGAUAAUUUUACUGAAAGACGAAUAUCUAAUAAUAAAAAAAUUCGUUUAUUAAUGAAACGAAAAAAAUCAAUUGUUACUGAUCGUAAUAAAUUACUUCGAAAAAAUCGUAAUGAUGAAUUUCGACCAAUUAUGAUUAAUCAAUUUUUUUUAUCAGCUAUGAAUAAUGAUAAUAUUUUAUUAAGUGAACUUUAUGAUAAAAUGAAUAUAUCAUCAACAAUAAAUGAAAAUAAAAAACAUCCUAAACAAGAACAAAAUGAUAUAUUAUCACCACAUCUUAAUUCAAAUGAUUUUAUUUGUGAUUCAUUAUCUAUUGAUACAACAAAUUCAUCUAUAUUAUCAAACGAUAAUGAUAUUUCAUCAGCAGAUUUAAAUACAACAACAACAUCUAGUCAAUUAUUAACUCCAACUAGUCUUAUAUCAUCAGCAUCAUCUGCAAUAAAUCUUUCGAGUACGCCAAUACGAUCACGUACAAAUAGUAUAACAAGUAAUUCAAGUAUUCUAACGAAUGCUGUUAAUCUACUUACGGAUACACCAAAUGAAUAUUCAUAUCUUGAUACAACAAAAGUUAAUGCAUUUAUUAAUGAAAUAAAUAAUAAUAAUAAUACGAAAUUUGAUGAUAUUAUUAUAUCAUCAUCAAAAUUAAUACGUAAACGACGUUUAAGUAUUGAAUAUCCAUUUCCAUUUCUUGUUGAACAAGCUAAAAAACAACGUAUGACACCAAAAAAAUUACGUGAACAAUUAUUAAAACAUAAUUUAUUAUUACGACCACCAUCACCUGAAUAUGAAUUUUUACCAUUUGAUAAUACAAAUGAUUUAAUAAAUAAUUUCAAUGAUUUUAUUCUACCAAAUUCAUCAAAUAAUGAUUUAAAUAUAUCAAAUUCAUUAUUAAUAUUAAAACGACAACGUGCAAUUGAUUUUCGUCAUUUACAAACAAAUAUGAAACAAAUUAUGUUUAAACAUUUUGAAAAAGAUAAAAAUAUAUUUUUUAGUGAAAUUUAUUCAAAUAUACAUCAAAAUGAUAAUCAACAAAUAUCAUCAUCUGAUAUUGGUAUUUGUUUUGCUGCUUUACUUAAUAAUUCUGUACGAUAUCAAUUUAUGCUUGAAUCAAAUGAUAUACGAGAUGAUAUUCGUAUUUCAUCUCCUAUAUUUCAUAACAAUAAACACUAA